AUGCGCGGCGACAUCGACCAGAACAAUGGUUUCUACCUGUCCGUCUUCAACAACGAGACAGGCGUCGCCGACAUUGAUUUCACUCCUCUGACUGAGCUCGAAGCAAGGGCGCCUGCCGAGGAGGUUGCUGCCGCUCCGGCCAGUCUGCUCAAACGCGCGACUACCUGUUCGGGGAACCGCUCGAUCAUUGUUCACCUAGGCGGCGAGACUUCGUUCUUCUACAACUACCAAGGAAACUACCUGGCAUACCAGCUCAUCAUCAAUAUGCAUACUAUUGUCAGUCAACACUGCGGUCAGGAUGGUUAUGGGUAUGAUCGCAGGACUAACGGCGGUGGCGCUAAUGACCUCACUGUUGGUCAUACCUGGCGAGGCGAUCACUUCUGCUAA